AUGAAGGUACCAGCGCUGGCUUCCGUGUUGUUAGCAUUAUGCAUAUUUCAAGUAACAUUAGCAGAGGAAGUUUGCGGGAACUGUUUGAUUUUAACACCAUUUGUCAAAAAUGAUAGUCUGGUGCAAGCGAGGAAACUAUCUGAAGUUAAUUCUUCGAGUUUUCUUGAUGUAAAGAGCUAUUCAGGUUUUAUAACUGUUAAAGAAGAGUACGAUUCGAACGUCUUCUUUUGGUACUUCCCAUUUAAAAGUAAUGUUACCACUACACCCUUGAUAAUAUGGCUGCAAGGGGGGCCAGGGUAUAGUUCUCUAGUAGGGCUGUUCAGCAUCAUAGGACCUUUCACCAUCGAAAACAACGAAGUAAAAAAACGUCCCUUGUCGUGGGCGGCUGAUUAUUCGUUACUUUUCGUGGAUAAUCCUGUCGGUGCUGGAUUCAGUUUUACUAAUGACGAACGGGGGUACCCUGAUAACGAGGAUGAUGUUGGUGACCAGUUGCACAUAUUUCUUGUUCAGUUCUUUAAAUUAUUCCCCGAGUCCAAAGAAGCACCACUAUUUGUAAUCGGCGAGUCCUAUGCAGGAAAAUAUGUGCCUGCGCUAUCCAUACAAAUUCAUAAACGUCAAGAUAAAUAUCCAAUCAACUUAAAGGGCUUAGCUAUUGGUAAUGGUUUAGUAGAUCCUCUAAGUAUGAUGCAUUACACAGAGUUCUCUCGUACUCUCGGUCUUCUUGGACAAAAUGAACUUGAAGUUCUAAAAGCUAUAGAGGAUAGUACUGUUGAGGCGAUACAGGAUGAGAGAAUGUUGGACGCGGCUCUGGGUUUCAACAAAACGUUGGAAUAUUUAAAGAAACACAGUGGAGUAAAUAUUUACAAUUUUAACCAAGAACCAGGCAAAGGGGCAGUUCCAAUCGAUUUCGAAGAUUUUGUGAAAACAGAUAAGGUCAGAGAACUGAUACAUGUUGGUAACGCGUCGUUUGACCUGAACAAUCAAAUGGUAUAUGAAAAAAUGCAGCCAGACAUGAUGAACACUACAAAGCCAUUCGUGGAAGAGCUAUUAGAAUACUAUGGGGUAAUGUGUUAUAGUGGUCAAUUAGAUGUGAUACUGCCGUAUGGUCUAUCUGUGAAUUUGUAUGAAAACUUGACCUGGUCAAUGAAAAAUGAAUAUCAGGAAGCGCCCCGACGUCGCUUGCGCAGCGCUACUGAUCGCAGGAUUGUGGCGUUUAAGAAAAGCGGUGGAAACUUCAUGGACGUACUUGUUAGACAAGCCGGUCACGCGGUACCAAUCGACCAGCCCGAAGUAGCGAAGUUCAUCGUUGAUCGAUUUAUUGACGAAUAUAAAUAA